ACAGGUUGGGAGAGGCCUGGUACCCAAACUUGAAAUUGGCACUACUUUGCACUAGAGAACUAGCUAUAAUUUCUUUACAUCUGCCCUGGAAGGCUGUCCACUUUUAUUCUGCUCAUGGAUUACAGCAACAUGAUGAGAUGUUGUAAAGCAACUCUAAGAGGCAUGAACUGAUAUGAAAUACUUUCUUGGCCCUUGACAUACUCCCCCCAUACUAUACUCAGCCCAAGAGUUAACUUUCCUCAGGAGUCUCUAAACCACAAAACAUUUUUUUUUCACUUCUAAAACUCUUUUGCUUUCCAUGUAUUUUCUGACAGGACCCACGAGUAUUUCCAAAGGUUUAGCUAUAAAUUAGAAUGCAUAGCACAUCAGGGACAGCUAAUUCACCUAGAGGAGGAUCCAGCUCUGAUUAUUUUUUUUCCUUACCUUGCUCACAAGAGGAUUCCUAACCUACUAACUAGCCUACUGACACUGCCACACAAUUGAGCCAUCAUUCAUUCAUUCAAAUAUUUAUUGUGCUCUUAUUAUGUGUCAGGUCCCAUGCCAGGUUCUGAUAAUUCAAAGUGGAUGUUGAAUCAAUAAUUUCAGCAUCAUUCAUUGACCAGUUGUGUGACCUUGGCCAAGUAAGCUAAUUACUCUGAGCCUCGGUUUCCUUAACUGUAAAAUGUGGGAUAAUAAUGGUACCUUGCAGAGCCGCGGUAUUGUGCGGUGGGGAAGAGGGAUGGAUUUGUAAACCCUGGAGCGAGGUUCUGCCUACCUGAGGGCGCUACUGUACGGAGACCCUGGAUGAAGCCACCAUCAUCAUGUCUGACCAGGAGCCAAAACCUUCAACUGAGGACUUGUGGGAUAAGAAGGUAGGAGAACACAUUAAACUGAAAGUCAUUGGACAGGAUAGCAGUGAGAUUCAGUUCAAAGUGAAAAUGACAACACACCUCAAUAAACUCAAAACAUCACACUGCCAAAGACAGAGUGUUCCAAUGAAUUCACUCAGGUUUCUCUUUGAAGAUCAGAGAAGUGCUGAUAAUUACACUCCAAAAGAAAUUGGAAUGAAGGAAGAUGUGAUUGAAGUUUAUCAGGAACAAUGAUCAAUGAUUCAAUGAUUUAUAUAUUCUUCUUUUUUUUCUUUACCCUCAAUCCUUUUCUAUUUUUAAAAUUAGUUCUUUUGUAACGUGGUGUUCAAAAUGAAAUUGAAAACUGGCACCCCAUCUCUUUAAAACAUCUGCUAAUUUGAAUUCUAGUGCCCAUUAUUCAUUACCACCUGUUUUCAUUGUGCUGAUUUUUGGUGAUCAAACCUCAGCCCCCUUCAUAUAGCCCUCUCCUUUUUAAAAAUUACAUGCAUGCAUAGAGGGCCCACUUUUCCCAGGCUGUGCUUUUUCAGUCUUAUGAUAAAUAAGAUUGACCAAUGCGAGUGUUCACAAAGACUUUCCAGUUGGCCCUGAAGUUCUAACUUGUGAUUGCUUCACUCCUGGACUAUGAUUUUCAGUGGGAGAUGAAAGUUUUUCAGAGAAGUGAACUGUGGAAAAAUGACCUUUCCUUAACUUGAAGCUACUUUUAAUUUGAGGGUCUGGACCAAAAGAAGAGAAAUACCAUGCUGGCAUCAAGAUGACAGAGAUGGCGAGGGUAAUGACUAACUCAAAGAUGGUUUCACUGAAAAGAAAGUGUUUUAAGAUACAAGAAAAGUCUUAUUAGAAGAUCUCAGAGGGGUGCCUGGGUGGCUCAGUUGGCUAAGUGUCUGACUUCGACUCGG